AAUCAAUCGUUGGCCGCAGGCAACUCGAAACACCAACUUGUCCAUUUCAAAUCCGCUGUUUUUCUCAAUUUGGUUUUACCAUCUCACCCAUUCAGUCCGCUCGAUGCGGUAAUCAACGAUGAUAUUCCGGUCCUUCUGUCGUAACGUUGUCGCCUCGUCACUGGCCCUCCUCCUGCUUCUGUCCUCGCCGCAGCCUACGCAAGCGAAAAAGGAUGGACCUACCAUCUCCUCUACCAAGUUUGACAACGUCUUAGAGAACGUUUUCUACUUUGACGAUUCGAAUAUCAUCCUCGCCCAAGACAGAGAUGCAAAUACUAUCUGGCGCAGCGCUGACGCAGGUGAGACCUGGAAUGAAGUCAAUGGCGACGACCAGUCCGGCAAUGCUUGGGAUCUGGUAUUCCACCCCUGGGACAACCAGCGCGCAUACAUCCUUGGGCUUGGAUCUAAUCACUGGAUAACCACCGACAGAGGCGAGACUUGGAGGAGGUUCACAACCCAGGGUGCCGGCCUUGCUCUAUUUCGCCCCAGUCCUCUCAGCUUCCAUGGUCGAGACGCAAAAAGAGUCAUCUGGAAUGGCGAGCAAUGUGCGGGUCUGGCCUGCUCGGAGGUCGCUCUGGUCACUGAAGACGAUUUCAAGACGGUCAAAAAGAUGGGUAGUCAAACAAGAGGAUGCCAGUGGGCAGUCGGAACCCCAGACUUUGCACAAGACAUUGCCGCUGAGGUCAAGGAUCGCGUUUUCUGCAUUGUGGAAGGAUUAUACUCUCCGUGGCCCAAGGACAAUCGGCUUCUUGUGUCGGAUAACUUUUUUGAAGACAGUGAGAUCGAGCCUGCACUUGACGAUGGUCGAGCAGUCACCGGCAUCAUCAGCAUGGCAGCUGUCAAAGGCUAUCUGGUCGCAGCCGCGAAGUCCGAAGGCACCGACGAGCUGGCUCUGUAUGUUACGAAAGAUGCAUCGCAAUGGCACCGUGCCGAGUUUGGCCAACACCGAAUCAACGAAGAUGCCUAUACCAUCCUCGAAAGCACCAACUAUAGCAUGCAAGUCGAUGUCCUCGGGUCCAGACCUGCGAAUCCCAUGGGUUACCUUUUCACUUCGAACUCGAACGGAACCUACUUUACACGCAACAUUGACCAUACCAAUCGAAACAUCUACGGUCGAGUGGAUUUUGAAAAGGUUCAAAACAUACAAGGAAUUGUGCUUGUCAAUGUGGUGGAAAAUCACAAGGAAGUCGAAGACUCAAUUCUGAUCGAGAAGAACAUCUAUUCUCAAAUCAGUUUCGACGACGGCCGGACCUUCCAAGAUUUGAAGGUCAAGGACAAACGAUUGAACCUGCACUCUGUGACUGAUGCGAGACAAAAUGGACGGAUCUUCUCCAGUCCAGCACCCGGAAUUGUCAUGGGAGUGGGCAACACGGGUAAAUCUUUGAAGCCAUACAAUGAUGGCGACCUUUUCGUCUCAGAUGACGCCGGCGUGACUUGGUAUAGAGGACUCGACGGUGCUCAUCUGUAUGAGUUUGGAAACCAGGGUGCCGUCAUUGUUGCGGUUGAUGAUGAGGAUACUACCAGCCAUAUCAGGUUUUCUAUCGAUCAUGGAAAGACUUGGACAAAGGCCGAUUUGGGCGAGAAGAUUCGUGCCAAAUUUCUCACCACAGUCCCCGACUCAACUACUCUGAAAUUCCUAUUAAUGGGGUCUCGUGGUUCGGGUUCUAAGACCGAGUGGUUCAUGUUCAAGAUCGACUUUGAAGGCCUUCACGAACGUGCUUGUAAAAGCUCUGACUUUGAGCGGUGGCCUGCACGUGUUGAUGAUGACGGCAAACCGAGCUGUAUGAUGGGGCACAAACAAUUCUAUCAAAGAAGGAAAGCUGACGCCGAAUGCUUCAUCGACGAAGAGUUCAAGGACCCUGAACCCGAAUUCGAACCAUGCAAGUGCACGAUGGCAGACUUCGAAUGUGACUACAAUUUUGUCCGGGAUCCGGAUGAUCGCACAAAAUGUCUUCCAGCUGCACCCAUUUCUGUGCCUAAGGGAGAAUGUAAGAGCGAGAAGGACACCUUUAAAAGUCCUUCUGGUUGGCGACUGAUACCCGGCAACGAGUGCACACGCGAUGGGGGCGAACAACUGGACAAAGUCAUCGAACGCCCAUGCUCGGAUGCCACCAAAACUCCAGCAAGUGGCGACAUUGCCGUUGAAAAGACUAACUUCAAUGCUGAUCGAUUUUCCGAGUGGUAUUAUCUCGAGAGGGGCAAUUCAGCUAUGGGAACUGACGAGACUAUUAUCAUGCGCACCAGUGAACAAGAUAUCUACCUGUCUCAUGACCACGGCAGAUCUUGGGAACCAAUACUGAAGGGGGAACCCAUUACCGCAAUUGCUCCCAAUCCAAAUCAUCACGAUGUGGUCUUCUUCCUUACCGGUUCGACGACUGUGCACUACACCAUCGACAGGGGCUCCAGGUUCGACAAAUUCGCCGCACCGGAACGCCCAAGCACUUUGAGAUUGCCCACACUGAGGUUCCAUCCCGAGUACAAAGAUUGGCUACUUUGGUCUGGUUCAGUUGGCAAGGAUGACCACACGAACAUCUUUUUCUCCAAAGACCGUGGCGACAACUGGGAGACAAUGGUUCGCUAUGCAAGGAAAUGCGAGUUCAUCACAAGAGAAAGUCGACCCAAUUCCGACCAACUCAUCUAUUGCGAACAGUAUCAGGACGAGAAUCCAGACAAGAAUUUGAUGCUCUUAUCCAGCGAAAACUUCUUCGGCAAGUCAGAGGUUCAUUUCUCGGACAUUUUGGAUUUUGCAACCAUGUCUGAAUUCAUUAUUGUUGCUGCGAAGACCGAAGACAGUCAAGGUCUCAAGGUGGAUGCCAGUAUCGACGGACAUACAUUUGCACCGGCCGAAUUCCCCAAGAAUUUCCAGGUCGCUCACCAGCAGGCAUACACUGUUCUUGACAGUUCAACUCAUGCCGUCUUCCUCCAUGUGACGGUCAAUGCUCUACCUGAGCGAGAAUAUGGAGCAAUCAUCAAGUCGAACAGCAACGGAACCUCGUACGUAUUUACCCUCGAUGCCGUCAAUAGAGAUACAGAAGGGUAUGUCGACUUUGAGAAAAUGCAAGGUCUCGAAGGUGUUGCCAUGACCAACGUCGUUUCCAAUCUUGAAGAAGUCAAUGACGGCGGCAAGAAGAAAUUGAAAUCCAUGAUCACGCACAACGAUGGUGCACAGUGGACUUUACUGCCUCCCCCAAAGAAGGAUGCUAUUGGAAACGACUAUGCAUGUGUCAAGGAAGCCGACAAAGCUACGGACAAGUGUUCCUUGCAUAUCCACAGUUACACCGAGCGAGCUGACAAGUCUGCAACCUUCUCCAGCCCUAGUGCAGUUGGGCUUAUGAUGGCCGUGGGCAACGUGGGCAACCAUCUCCUCCGAAAAGACGACGAGAGCACUGAUACCUUCAUCACUCGUGAUGCCGGCAUUACCUGGUCAUCCGUCAAGAAGGGAAGCUACAUGUGGGAAUACGGCGACCAAGGCAGCAUCAUUGUCAUCGUCAAAGAAUCGCAGCCCACCAAGAGCUUGUUUUAUACUCUCGACGAGGGCCGCAGCUGGAAAGAAUUCGAGUUCUCUCCCAGUGUCGAAAUGCAAAUUGACGCCAUCACGACUGUACCCUCUGACAACUCUCUCAACUUUCUUCUCUGGGGUCGAGAGGUCGGCAACAACGCUAAACGCGGCAUCUUCACUGUCGCCGUUGAUUUCAGUGGCCUGAAGGACCGCCAACGCAAAUGCGAACUCGACGAGCAGAAACCUCAGAAUGAAGAUUAUAUGCUCUGGGAACCUAAGCACCCAAUGCAAGACUCGAACUGCCUCUUUGGCCACGUGGCACAGUACCACCGCAAACGCAUCGAGGCGCAGUGCUACAAUGGCAAGAGGAUUACACAUAUCCACAGCAUCGCGCAAAAUUGCAGUUGCACGCGGCAGGAUUUCGAAUGUGAUUACAAUUUCCAGCCCAAAGCGGACGGAACAUGCGCGCUGGUGCCGGGCUAUGAUCCGCCGGACCACGAGGACAAUUGCCGCAAGAACCCUGAUCAGGUUGAGUUUUGGUACCCCACGGGCUAUCGACGGAUACCCUUGACAACAUGCCAGGGCGGGCUGGAGCUGGAUAAGGUCGAGAGUAAGGCCUGUAAAGGGCAUGAGAAGGAGUAUGAGAAGAAGCACGGGAUCAGUGGUGCUGCGUUGUUCUUUGCCAUCACAGUGCCAUUGGCCGCCGCUGCUGGUGUAGGGUAUUGGGUAUAUACAAAGUGGAGCGCUGGAAUUGCCGGGUUUGGCCAGAUCAGGCUCGGUGAGAGCAUGGCAGGUGCGACGGGUUCAGGUGACUCGCCGUUCAUCGCUAUUCCUGUUGCGGUUGUUAGUGCUAUCGUGGCCGUGACCAAGGCCAUACCGUUGGUAAUUAUGAGUAUCUGGAGAAGCGCCAAGGGGUAUAUGCCACUUAGCUCGGGCGGUGGAGGUGGUGGAAGGUUCGGCAUCGGGCGUGAUGCGGGUGCUGGGUAUGGCGCUCCGUACCGGUCGAGAGACGCAUUUGCCAGGCGCGGGCAGGAUUAUUCGCAGGUCGUCGAGGAUGAUGAGUUGCUUGGGGAUGGGUUGGACGAUGAGGAAGAGGUUUGAACUUGUACAAGCUUGUGCAAUGGGGACGUCUUCAGAGGGCGAGAUGUGGCCAGUGAAAAGGCGAGCCAGCAAAGACUCGAGAUGUCCUUCAGCUUUUGCUACUGAGAACCAUUACACUGGUCUCGGUGUGGUUGAGCUGCCUCAGGCAACGGGCGGGUGUAGGUCGGUCGUCGUUCGUCGUCCGUCUCCCCCACGAGCCUAACCGUGUGGACAGGAUGAACAACAAGGAUGCUGGCGAGCAGUGCGCGUGUGAGGACGGAGGACUGUACGAAAACUGUAUGGUAUACUAUAGUACUUAGCCUAGUACAUUCGGCCCCCGGCCAGGCAGGUACGGCAGGCACAGAGCUAUGAGGCUUUCGGGGGAGUUUUUAGAUAGCUAC